AUUAACUUGCCUUGCCUAUUAAGUUGAAUGUUGACUGUAUUUAUUACAGUCGACAUUUACAGGCAAUUAUAGCCUUAAUGCUUAAUGAAUAUGAAAAUUGAGGAAUUAUUCGUUUUGCACCUGGUUGCACAAACGUUUGUUAACUUCUAAUCCUGAGCAUUGAAUGUUACGCCUGUUAAACGGGUCUAUUAGAGUUAUAAUUAUUUUAAAAUACACAACGUACCGUUGAAAAUGUGACUUUUCAAUCUAUGUGCGGUACAUUACUUGGAAUGAAAAGUUGAAUUGACGAUAUUCGUGAGUUUCCAUUCAAUUUUCUUCAAAUUUUCAAGUUUAGUGCAUUUAUUUCAGGACCCUCAAUGACUGUGCAAGGAUCUCCGGAUAUUGGAUAUUGAUGUUAAGUCUCGUACUUGCCAUUGAUACUUGCUUCAACAUCUAUCUGAUGAUGCAGGCAAAUAAUCCAAAGAUUUUCAUGACUUAUGCUGCAUCGUGUUUCUGCAACAAUAUACUGAUGCUCCUCUGCUACUACAGUGGUCAACGCAUUUCUAACCAGAAUGAAAUAUUGCGUAGAUGUCUUGCAAAUCUUCCCUGGAUGGAUAAGCCGCAAUGGUUCAAGCAGAGCAUGCUUAUAAUGAUGGCCAGAGCAACGGUCGACAUUGAAAUCAAUCCUUAUGGAGUUUUUGUACUCAACCUCAACUCCUUCAAAGAUUUGAUGAAAGCUGCUUUCUCAUUUGGGAACAUUUUGUACAGGAGGAAGAAAAUAGACUAAUCUUGACAAAAAAAUUCAUUAUUAUUGUGUAAUAAAACUUAGUUUUUCC